AUGGGACAUUCAAAUAUGUUUUUAGCAAUUAAUGCUGAUUUCACGUGUAGAACACCAGACACAUUUUUAUUGCGAAGACCAUUCUUAUGUCUCAAUUUUAUCAUUUUCGCACAAGUUCUGGCCUCAGUUGUUUGUGCAAACAUGACAGACACAAAUGAUACUGAUUAUGAUCGGAUAAAUGAUGUCACUAAAGCACUUCCAGAUCAACAGUCGCCUACACAUUUAGAGUUAUCAUCACCAAAUGAUAUUAUUCUUGAAAACACAUGGAGAUAUAGGUCAUUUCCAGGUAUAAAAAUACCGGUUGUUCGUUCCCCUCAUCCAACCUUUGGAUCACCAUGGCCAUUACCAUGGAGUUGGUCAUCAUCUUCAUGUUAUUAUAAUGUGGAUAUACAACAAUUUCACUUUGAAUUUCAUACAAUUUCAAAUGAGAUUCUACAAUCAGCUGUAAAUCGAUAUACGCAUAUGAUACGAAAUAAGCUUGGUUUUUCUGUGUACCCAAAAGUUUGGCAACAUAAUGAAAAGAGCUUAUUCAGUCAUUUCUCUGAUAAUUAUCAGUCGACUUGUGAAAAUUCUCCUGUAAAGAGAAAUCAGGAUUUUCGCGACAGUAGUUGGAAAAAAAGUUCAACAUCAUUCCGAGCGAAUCGUCUUUAUUCAAGUAGUACUAAUAAUAACUCCCAUGACACUAAUUUAAAAACUUCAAAUGAUAUAUCUCAUAAUUUUAUAUCUGAACAAAUGUCUCAUUUAAUUCGCAAGUACAAAUUAUCUGAACACAGUAUACGGCGUAGAGGAAUUCAAAAUUCUGCUGUGCUGCAUGUAAUAAAUCCCGAUUCAAAAUUGCCACAUGUUAAUAUGGAUGAAUCUUAUAUCCUGGGUGUUACAGAAAAUGGCAUUUUUAUUAUUUCUAAUGAAACAUGGGGGGCUUUAAGAGGUUUAGAAACACUUAGUCAAUUAAUGUGGACUAUGAAAGAUCAAUCUCAUGUUUUUGUUAACCGAACGUACAUUAUCGAUUACCCCCGUUUCAAACAUCGUGGAUUAAUGAUUGACACUUCUAGGCAUUUCAUAAGCAAAUCUGUUAUUUUAUUGAACUUGGAAGCUAUGAGUUAUAAUAAAUUAAAUGUUUUACAUUGGCAUAUUGUGGAUGACCAGUCAUUUCCAUAUCAAAGUGAUGUAUAUCCUGAACUUUCAGCUAAAGGUGCUUAUCGAGAAGAUUUAGUUUAUACAUCGAGUGAUAUCAAAGAAAUUGUGGAGUUUGCCCGAUUUCGAGGCAUUCGUGUUAUUCCUGAAUUCGAUAUACCAGGUCAUACUCGAAGUUUGUCACUUUCUCAUCCAGAAAUUAUGUCACAAUGUCAAUAUGAUUAUAAGGAUCUUGCAUAUUACGGCCCACUCAAUCCAGCUUCAAAUAAAACAUACGAGCUUUUAGAAAAUUUAUUUAACGAAGUUUUUCAAUUAUUUUUAGAUGAUUAUAUUCAUCUGGGUGGUGAUGAAGUAGAAACAAUAUGUUGGGAGCGUGAUCCUGAAAUUCUACAGGGCGUUGAAAAUCAUGAUCAGUCGAGUUCAAUAUUUUGGAUUAACUACUUUUGGAGAUGUGUACAAAAUCUAGUUACCCAAAUAGGCAAGAAGAAUCCUCAAUCGAGACGAAAUUUAAUUCUGUGGGAAGAUGUCGUAGAACAUGUAACCGAUCUUAAAAAAUCGCUGUUUGUACAAGUUUGGAAAAGUCAUCCAUUAUCUCAUUUAUCUAAAGGUUUUAAUAUUAUCUAUUCAAGUUGUUGGUAUUUGGAUUUACUUAAUGAUAUUAAGCGUUGGACAGAUUUUUAUCUAUGCGAUCCAUCCAACGAUGCUCCACUGGAAACUGAACGACAAAUUCUAGGUGGUGAAGCUUGCAUGUGGAGUGAAUACCAAUCGGAUUAUACAGUUCUAACAAAAAUUUGGCCGGUUACAAGUGCUGUUGCAGAACGUCUUUGGAGUGCUAAAGAAAUAAAUGACUUAGAAUUUGCCGGUCCGCGCAUUGAAGAACAACGAUGUCGUUUAAUCAAUCGUGGUAUACCAGCUGGUGUUCUUCUUGGUCCAGGAUAUUGUGAUACUACUAAACAGAUGACAACAUGGAAUAUUAAUGAAAUUAUAUUAGAUGAACAUAAAAAUAUUAAAAAUAUCAUGAAACGAAUGGAACCGAAUAAUAAUAAUCAUGACAUUUAUCAGCAUAAAAAUAACGACUAUUAUAGACCUAUUAAUUUAUGGAGUGAUAAAGAUUUGUUCAUUGGUAUUUUCAUCGGCAUUUUAAUUACAUCAUUAUUUCGCCAUCGUAAUUUUUUACCAUUUCGAAAGGCCAAGUGUAAUUUAUCAGUUAUACGUACGAAUUUAAUUGGAGAUCGUUAG